UCUCAUGUGGCUUAUCACUAUGUUUCUUUAUCCCACAGGGUGUCCACAUUGUAAAAACUCAAUUCCACAUUUCACAACAGCAGCAGAACUCUUUAAAGAAGAUCGUAAGAUUGCCUAUGCUGCAGUGGAUUGUGCCAAAGAACAAAACCAUGACUUGUGUAAGCAGGAAGGAGUGGAUGGAUAUCCAACCUUUAACUAUUAUAAUUAUGGAAAAUUUAUAGAAAAAUACAGUGGAGACAGAGGGGAAUCUGGAUUUUCGGUUUACAUGCGAACUCUCCGAGAGAGAGAUCACGAGAAAAUAGGAAAGAAGAAAGAUGAGUUGUAAUUUCUGUCUCAAAAAUAAACAAAAAAAAAACAAUUCCACUGCACUGUGAAGGGUCUCAGGGUCACUGGUACAAUGCCUGAGAUUAUACAUCUUUUAAAGAACAGACUUUGUUUUUAUAGACCACCAUUGCCAUUUUCUACAACUUUGAAAAUAAAUUGAAAUCAUUCUCUUUUUUUUUUAAAGAAAAAAGAAAAAUACCGUCAUCGUUGCCAUAUUCUGUUAUGGAGAAGAACAAAAGAAGAGCAUUUUCUUGCUGUUCAGUGCACCUAUGCCCAUUGAUAUUCCUAUGCAAUCUUUUUGUAAUCUGUAGGUUUGAUAGUGAUUGCCUCUGAUGAAGUAAUCUUUGUGAUUUUUUUUUUAAUUUUGAGAAGAGAUUUUAUGAGAAAUGGCUUUUAAAAAUGGGAGGAGGGAAAAUAAAAGAAGAUGCAAAAGUAUUCAUCAGGUGCAAGUUCAGUUGAGAAACACUGAGUUAGGGGAAGUAGAGCAUGCUGGUCCCCUCAGAGGCCUCGGCCCAAAGAUUCCUCAAGGGCAGUUUUAAAGGGCACGUGCGCCUAGCACUUACUUCAGGACCCAGUUGAGAUAAAGGGGCACUUUCAGUCCAGGGAGUCCAUGUUCUGCACAGUAUCACUUUGAUGGGAUAUCAGCAAGAACAGGAUUGAUGCAACCUAGGGGAUGGGGGAAGGAGAAUAACUUUUCCCAUAAUCAGCGGAGACAUUUCUAGCCACUUUCAAUUUUGCCAAACGUAUAGCAUGUCAAGUUACAAUUAGGAUGUCCUCUUGCCAACUUUCAAAGAUUAUGCUUCUUCUCCCCCUCUUCCCCCCCCCCGAUUAAUGUAGGGGAGUCAUUUUUAAGAUGCUCAGGGAUAAUAGGAAAUAACGAAGCAGCAUUGGGCCAUUUCAGAUCUUAAUUGUCUGUAGUGGUUGGUGUUCCUUUUCCUCCUCUUCUUUUUGUAAUAUGCCGUACCUGAAUUGUUUACAUAUCUUUAUAGAAUGUAUGAUUGAUUAAAAUCAAUGUCUCUGCAGCAGUACACAUCAAGUAUGAAAAUGACUCUCGGUGUAUGUGUUGACAUUCAUGUUGUCAAAUGCUCCGGUAGGUUUAGUGCAGGUCGAAGCUUCUAUUUAAUUUAUGACAACUUGAGUAUUUGCUAAGCAUUCCACCUGACUGUUCGACAGAGGCAUUGAUAUUUUUGAUAGGCAGAACCAUCAUGCAACUAUAUGUGUUUAUGUUCCAAAGGCUUGUCUGUAUGUGGAUAUUAAAAGAAUUUUUUAAGAGCUCUGUAGAAACAGGUCAUACUUUUUUUAAAAAAAACAACAACAGCACACCACUUGUUUGGCCCUGUCAGCAGUGUAAGAAAAUACAGCAUUAGAACCAGCUUUUACAAGUUUGUAAUUGUGUGCUGAUUCUGUGAAGGUGAUCUGGACACUGUGUCUUUAUGGCUUUAUGAUUAUAAUUAUUAUUUUUUGUGAUUUUGAAUUGGAUCCAAAAAUAAAAAGAUUGGAAAUAUGCAAUAUUGAUUCCCUUUAUUGUAGAAAUAUAAACUGCCUAAAAUUGUACAAGUGGGUAGAAAGUCCUAUCACUGCAGUAAACCAUUGGUGCCUUCCGAAAAAGUCCUGCAUUUUCAUUUGCUUAUUCUCUCCCCCCAAGGUAGGAAAGAAAAACCUCUUUGCAUUUUUUUUAUUUCUUCACUAGGAGACUCCUUUGCUCCCUCUGGUGGAUUCAGAGAAAUUAUAAAAGUUGAUCAAUAUCAAUAACAUCUGGAAUAUCUCCACUGUAGACUACUUCUCUGCAGUGCAUAGGGAGCUGCAGAAGAGAGAAUGCAUAUAUGUGAGAGAGAAUAGGAGAUCAGCAAUGAAAGACCUUCCUAUUUCAAAUGUAAACACUGGGGGUGAACUGAUUUCUUAAAAGCUUAGAUCUGGGAACUAUUAUAUUUCCAGUGCUCGAUGAAAAACCAGGCCAGGGAUACAGAUUUUACGUUUUAUUGUUGGCAAUGUCCAUUAUCUUGUCUGCCUCAGUGGUCCGUGUGAGAGAUGGACUCCCUUUAUCUGCUUCUACCGAUUAUGAACAAAACACAGCUGUACAGGAAUGCCGAAAGUACUUUAAAGGUCUUGCAAAGAGACUCACUGAGUUUCCAGACCGAUGCACCUUGCAAACAGGAAAGUAUAACAUAAACUUUAUUAGUUCCCUGGGAGUGAGUUACAUGAUGCUCUGCACUGAAAAUUACCCCAACGUCCUUGCCUUCUGCUUCCUGGAUGAGCUUCAGAAGGAGUUCAUUACCACAUACAACAUGAUGAAGACGAAUACAGCAGUCAGACCAUACUGUUUCAUUGAAUUUGAUAAUUUUAUUCAGAGGACCAAACAAAGAUACAACAAUCCACGAUCUCUAACAACAAGGAUAAAUCUUGCUGACAUGCAAACAGAAAUUAGACUGAGACCACCUUAUCAGAUUUCGCUGUCAGAACUCUGUUCAACCAAUGGAUAUCCCUAUGGAUCUCUACAAGAAAACAAAGAUACAAGAAAAAUGUCUCCAGCCCCUCACCAACGACUGGAACCUGUGACACUACCGGGAAUUGUUUCCUUUCUUCUUAGCCUUUUAUGUGCUGCUUUGAAUUUAAUUCGUGGUUUUCAUGCUAUAGAGAGUCUUCUACAGAAUGAAGAAGAUGACUUCAGUUUUGUUAUUGCUUUUUUCCUUGGCACAGCAGCAUGUUUGUAUCAGCUGUCGAAAUUGGUCUUCACUUAUUAUCUACAAAUCCAAGGAAGGAAAAGGAGACACGUGUAAAUCAAGUCAUGCUCUGUAAAUGAUCUGUGCACAAUCCUGGAUAUUACAUCCAUUAGCAGCUAAAACAAUCCAGCAUGAUUCAUAUAUGAAAAUAAAAUAAAUGAGCUAUUUGGAUCCUGAGUACAGACCUAGAGAUUGAACUAUAUUAAAACACUAAAUUAAAACACGAAAACAGCUAUUGGUUGUGCCUUGUGGAAUGAGAUAACUUGCCUCAGCCAACUCACCAUGGUCAUCUCACCAUGGCCAAACUCACUGCGGGACAAUUCAACAAUUCAAUUUAAUUAUUUAAAAUAAUUUAAAAAAUAUUUUAAUUUUUGUAAUUCACAUUUUAUUUUGUCCCUCCUUUGGCAUCCUAUCUCUAAUGAUUCUAUUAGACCAAAGGUCACCAACCUUUCUUGGUUGAUGGACCAGAGGUAAAGGGAGGGAGAAGCAUUUUACACACAUGCACGCACACAUGGGGCCGCGAGCACAAACUUGCAUGAUACUAGCCCUGCCCUGUUCUUGUGUGGCACACAGCACCCGUUUUCGUGCCCCGAGACUCAGCGGUGGCCUGUUUUCGCACCCCGCAGCAUGGCGUUGACCCAUUUUCGCGCCCCACAGUGCAGCAGUGUCCCAUUUUUGCGCCGAGAUGCAGCGGCAUCCCGUUUUCGCAUCCCAAGGCGCAGCAGUGGUCUGUUUCAUGCCCUGCAGCAUGGCGGUGUCCCGUUUUUGCACCCCGUGACAUGGUGUCCUGUUUUUGUAUCCCACAGCUGUGGCACUAGCACGAGUGGGGAUGUGUGCACGCACUGGCCAGCCUGUCCCACGGCCUGGUGGCCAGCAGGCCACGGUCCAUUACCGGGCCAUGGCCCACAGGUUUGGGACCCCUUGUAUUAAACUAUUUCUUAAUAUUAGUGUAACUCUUGUCCCGUGGUGAGUUGUCCCACAGAAAAUUGGCCAUGGUGAGUUGGCUGCAGAAACUUGUGUUGAGUUGGCCAUGGCGAGUUGGCCAUACUGAGUUGACAUAGACUCUCAAACACUGACACACAUCAUUUGUCCUUGGGUUAAUAAGUCCUAGAUCUUCUGAUGCAAUAUUCUAGCCCAGUAUAGGAGGCAAUAUUUUAUAAUGUUUCGAUAUAAUAUAAUACAAUAUGAAUAUAUUCCUGUGUGUUCAAAUUCCUGUCUGUGUUUAGUAUAAUACAAAUGACAUGUCAAUGUUUGCUAUCACACACAGGUAAUUGAGUUAACACUAUUUGCACUUUUAAUUGUAUGGCAUAGAUUAUUCUGUUAUAAUGUAAUUUCUUCUUUGCUACAAAAAAAGAUUUAAGAAAAUCCAAGCUAGCUAUAAUGAAUAAGUUUCCUAGCAAGUACAUGCAUGUUUCAGCUGCCUUGACUCAAUUCCUACUUGCCCCGCUCUAUGGCACUAGGGGCCAAAAGACUAAGUAGGUGACCAGGACAUGCAAUCACUCAACUGGGAUAGGAAAACUAGUUCCAUGAAUUCUAAGAGUUUUGGGGAACUCUUUACGACUGUAGAGAAGGUUCAAUUGAAUUUUUGUAUUAAUAUCUAUUAGAGCAGAAAGUUUAAAAAUUA